AUGGCGAGUGAAGGGAGGAGACCCGGGACGCUCGGGCCCUCCGCGGAUGGUGAUGAGCGGGAGGAGAAGCACGGAGCGCUUGGAGAGAGCCUGGAAGGGCGCCGAAGCCGCUGCCUCCCCGCUCCGUCCCGCCCCGCGGGGGGAAGCGGGCGGGAGAGCGAAGGUCUGCUUUUUCUUUCAGCUUUUGCUGUAAGUGUAGUUCCUGAAGGUGCAGAAGAUGAGACUGAACUGUCAGUGUUGCAGAAACCUGAAGAAAGUAGAACAAUCAGUAAAAUAAGCAGAGAAUUAAAAGAAAUUGUAUUUGUCAUCCAGAGUCAAAGUAAUUCUUUUCAUUCCAAGAGAGCAGAAGAUUUAAAAAGAGAUAUUUUAAAACAGGCUGCAGAUCUUGGAAAGGAAUUCCCUACGGUUCUGCUUAUUCAUCAGAUGGACAGUCAUGAAGGUGCAUGGACAAUAUUGCCAUUAAUGAGAGACUUCUCUGUUACCUAUGGUAGGAACUCCUCAUGGAUUUUCUUCUGUGAAGAAGAUACAAGAAUACAAGUUGUAAAACUGCUAGAAAUACUUGGAAGAUUCGACAGGUCUAAGGAGUGGUUUUUAGGUAAAGCAUUAUAUGAUGAAGAAUCUACAAUAAUUCACCAUUAUGCCUUUGCUGAAAAUCCGACAGUCUUUAAAUUUCCAGAUUUUGCUGCUGGUUGGGCACUUAGCAUUCCACUUGUUAACAAGCUUGCGAAGAAGUUGAAGAGCGAACCACUGAAGUCAGACUUUACAAUAGAUUUAAAGCAUGAGAUUGCCCUGUACAUUUGGCAGAAAGGGGAAGGACCACAUCUUACUCCAGUGCCUGAGUUCUGCACAGAUGAUAUGAACUCGUAUAAAGUUGAUUAUUGUGCAACAACAUUCAGUAAUUUUCUACCACUUUGUGGAGAACCAGUGAAAAAGGAAGACAUUUUUGUUGCUGUAAAAACAUGUCGAAAAUUUCAUGAUGACAGAAUACCAGUUGUAAAGCAGACUUGGGAAAGAGAAGCCGCCCUUAUUGAAUACUACAGUGAUUAUGCAGACAUGUCCAUUCCUACUAUAGAUUUAGGCAUACCUAAUACUGACAGAGGUCACUGUGGGAAAACCUUUGCCAUUUUGGAAAGGUUUUUGAAUCAUACCUCUCCCAGAACCCCUUGGUUAGUCAUAGUGGAUGAUGACACACUGAUAAGUAUCUUCAGACUUCGAAAAUUACUCAGCUGCUAUGACCCAAAUGAACCAGUAUUUCUUGGAGAGCGUUAUGGUUACGGCUUGGGAACAGGAGGAUACAGUUAUAUCACUGGCGGAGGAGGGAUGGUUUUCAGCAGAAUAGCUGUUCAGAAACUACUUGCUAGUAAAUGCCGGUGUUACAGCAUGGACGCGCCUGAUGAUAUGGUCCUUGGGAUGUGUUUCAGUGGCCUAGGAGUCCCUAUAACACAUAGUUCACUUUUUCAUCAGGCAAGGCCAAUGGACUAUCCAAAAGACUACCUUUCUCACCAAAUUCCGGUAUCAUUUCACAAGCAUUGGAAUAUUGAUCCGGUGAAGGUGUAUUUCACAUGGCUGGCACCAAACACAGAAGAAUCACAUAAUGGAAAAAAAGUUGGAUAUAACAGAGAAGAUUUAUAAACAGUAGAAGAAUGUAAGUUCUGCAGAUGACAGACAGUCAGUACUGUGAUUUUUGUUUUGUUUCCACUUUCUUCUUCUGUUCAUGACGUAAGAAGGCAGUGUUUUGUUCCUGUUGGUUGAACCUCCUCAGAACAAUGGAAGAAGGCACUUAAAUGACUUUGGGGUUCUUUUGCUUUUGUAUAUCAAUGAACUUGAUACACAUUUAAAAUGUCUUGUACAACUUUACCUGUGUUCUGAUUUGGACUUGGGUCAGACAGCAUCAAUUUACAUUUCCUUCCUUUAUUCUCUCAACAGCUGAAGUUAUGUAUUUGGGAGCCUAACAUUGAAUAUGUGUUGAACAUCUAUUGAACAUCAUCUCUCACUGACCUACAGAAAACAGUUCUCUAAAAUGUUCUGAAACAUUUUCUUAAUAAAUCAUAGAGAAAAGUUGACUUUUUUUCUGUGACCAGGCUCUAGAUUGUGUGAAGGCUGUGCUCCUUUAUGCUCAUUUCAUAUAGAAAUACUGUAAUUUUCUGAGGUAGUUGGACCAGGCACGACCCACUGUUGUACAUUUUAAGUUUAUUGGCAUUUGUGUGGAAUGUCUUGUACAAAAUGGAAAAAAAAAGGUUAAGGACCGGGAUUUCUUAAGUGGCCACGGGAGGUCACUGUGGCUCCUCUUGAAACCUAAGUCACUGUGCAUCUAUUUGGCAAGUAUAAAUGUGACUCUUAAGGAUUUUUUCAGAACUAACACUUCAGUAUUUCUGAUGUGUGCAUUUCAAUAGCAUAUGGAUAACACCUUUAAAAAGUUUGUAGUAUUCCUAAUUUAUGUCACCAAGAUAAGUGAUUUUAUGCAUACAACAUGUAAAGAGUGAUUCAUAUUUAAAAUGUUCUUGAAUUUUUUUUUAGUAAUUCAGUUUUGUAAAAAUGUUUGUACAAAAACUGGCUUUAGUAUGUUCUGAACUAAUUUUUAUAUUGUAAAACUGCUUCUUUUAAGAUGACAGUAUAUGACACUUAUAUGCUGUUAUUUAACUUGGCUUGCUAUAUUGUUACCAAAUACAGGGUCUUAAAGCCAUACUGCUGAAGUAACUUGUGUUUUGGUUUCUUUUAGUAGGUUGUAAAAUUGAUUCCACUCCAAAGAAAAACAAUACUUGCUCUAGAGUCAAAGUAGGGGAGCCACCGAUUCCAGUUUUGGUAAUUACCGAAGUUCUAUACACGUUUGUUUGUAAAUGUAGCUUGUGGAAUUUUAAGCAUUGAAUAGCAAGCACAUAUUUAUCAUAGAAUCAAUUUCUGGUUAAGUAGGAGCAGUCCAUGCUUUUUUUCUUCCCACACUAUCAGUGCCUUAAACAGUAGACGUUUUACUGAUACCGGAACUAUGUUCUCCAGUACCAUGGGUGAAUUGUUAAUUAUGUUUACUGUUUAGAACUGUGACAGCUGAAAGCUGAAUAAAAACAUUCUUUAACCUUUUGCACUUUCUUUGUCUUUGCAAACCAAGUACAGGAUUCUUUAAGCGCCUGUGAAAUAAUUUUACCACUUUAAUUGUAUUUACUGUCAGUUGUACUGAAAGGCAACUUUUUUUUUUCAUGUUCUGUCCAGACAUACUUCCCCAGAUUAAGUUAAUUUUCAGUCUCUGGUUUUGUGCAAAUGGAAAAUGCUUUUUC